CUUUGGAGAAAUAUUUCAUGGUCUUGUAUCUUUGACAACUCUAAAUAUGAAAGAGACAGGAGAAAUCUGGACUAGUUUUUCAAAUAACAGCAUCUUAUAUGGCAUGCCCAAUCUAGAGGUCAUUGACCUAUCCUUAUCUUCCAUAACAUACAUCCCUGUGGACUUGUUCAAAGUUCAUGCUAACCUACGUAUUGUUGACUUGUCUUCAAACACAAUAACGUACCUUCCGCAGACUUUGUUCACAGCUAACUCCAAAUUACACAGUUUAUUCCUGUCUUGGAACCGUAUCACUGUGUUGAAUGAGUCCACUUUUGAGACCAUUUUACCAGGGCUUGAGACCCUGGCCAUCAAUGAUAACCCAUUCUUCUGUGACUGUGAGAUUGAGUGGUUCAUAUCCUGGUCUGAGGAUCACCCUUCUGUAGUGCAGGGAUGGACAGAUGGAAGGUACCAAUGUAACACUCCUCCUGAUCUUCACGACACAGAUCUUCAGAAAUUUCAUCCUGAUUGUGCCUCUCACCGUAACCUCUAUGCCUGCACCUUAACAACCUCUUUCCUUUUCCUUUACAUGCUCUCUGCCAUCCUUGUGAAUUUCUGUAGCGGCUACUUUGCUUACAUGUGGUUUAGAGUUAGACUUCAUCUCCGUGGAUAUGAAGAAAUUCGCGAUCAACCACGGCAAUUCAGAUACGACGCCUUUGUGGCACACAGCAGCAAUGAUGAAGCCUGGGUGUCCCGCGUGUUGUCCCCCAUGUUGGAAGGCCGCCGUCCGCGCUACCGCUUGUGUAUCGGAGAACGUGACUUUGUUGGCGGGGUGCCCAUCUUACACAACAUCCGAGACGCGGUGGAGACGAGCAGGAAGACGGUCUGCAUCAUCACCAGGAGCUUCCUGCGGAGCAACUGGUGUAACUACGAGCUACAGAUGUCCCAGGGGAGACAUCACCUGUUCGACCCGCGUAGGGUCAGCCUGAUUCUCGUGUUUCUGGAGAACAUCCCGGACCGCGUCUUACAGCGCUACCCGCUGCUGAAUAACAUCGUCAACAGGGACACCUACCUACGCUGGCCAAACAACCAGCAACAUCUGCCUCUGUUCUGGGCCAGACUACGGCAGGCACUAGGGGAACCUCUCGGAAAUGAGUUACUAGUACAGGAGGAGGAAGAUAUUGAAGAGGAUGUAGUUUAAGUUGUGUAUUUGUUAGUUUGUGUCACCAAGAGGA